UCGAAGGCCUGCUAAUAAUUAAUUGCGAAUUGGGCUGAUUAAUCAUUGACCAAGCCGAUUAUUUGACGCUUCGAUUACAUUUUCUGAGUACAAUGUAAUUGCGGCGGCACUGGUCCCGAGCGCUUAAUAAUGUAUUUUACGAAACAGAGAAGUGUUGACAUCACCGGUAAUUGUGGCGGCUCUGAUGACUCCGAUGACUCUCAGCUGGAAGCGCCAUUUCAGUCAACACUCCUCCCAUCAGCUUGCACUGUCAAUUUCAUCCUCUUCUUCGACGAAACAAUCUCGGAUCCUGGAGCUUUGUAAAUCAGGUCAACUCAUGGACGCCAUUCAGAUUCUAAACUCAACGGAAUCGUGUGAAAUUGCUGCGAAACCGAAUCUCUACGCAUCUCUCCUUCAAACAUGCACAAAAGUACGUUCUUUUAUUCACGGCCUUCAAUUUCACGGCCAUGUCGUCAAAUCAGGACUGGAAACGGACCGGUAUGUUGGGAACAGCUUGCUCUCCCUGUACUUCAAGUUGGGACCUGAUAUGAGGGAGACCCGGAGAGUUUUCGACGGAAUGUUCAUCAAAGACGCGAUCUCGUGGACUUCGAUGAUGUCUGGAUACAUUGGGAGUAAAGAACACGUUAAGGCACUUGAGAUGUUCAUGGAGAUGGUGACUUUUGGUUUGGAGCCGAACGCGUACACGUUGUCUUCGGCAAUUAAGGCUUGCUCUGAGCUCGGAGAAGUUACACUAGGGAGGUGCUUCCAUGGUGUUGUCAUUACUCGUGGGUUUGAGUGGAAUCAUUUCAUCUCUAGCACAUUGGCGUAUAUGUACGGUGUGAAUCGAGAACCAGUAGAUGCGCGUCGAGUGUUCGAUGAAAUGUCUGAACCAGAUAUGUUUUGUUGGACAGCUGUACUCUCUGCGUUUUCCAUGAAUGACUUAUACGAGGAAGCUUUGUGGCUAUUUUACGCGAUGCAUAGGGGAAAAGGGUUGGUGCCUGAUGGCUCUACAUUUGGAACGGUUUUGACGGCUUGUGGUAAUCUAAGGAGGCUGAAGCAAGGGAAAGAGAUUCAUGGGAAGCUUAUCACAAGUGGGAUAGGCAGCAAUGUGGUUGUUGGGAGUAGUCUUCUAGAUAUGUAUGGUAAAUGUGGAUCAGUAUGGGAAGCUAGGCAAGUGUUUAAUAGGAUGUCUAAGAAAAACAUUGUAUCUUGGUCUGCCUUACUCGGGGGAUACUGUCAGAAUGGAGAGCACGACAAAGUGUGUGAGAUUUUCAGGAAAAUGGAAGAGAAAGAUCUCUACUGUUUUGGGACUGUUCUUAAGGCAUGUGCUGGUUUGGCCGCGGUAAGACUUGGGAAAGAGGUUCAUGGCCAGUACAUUAGAAGAGGCUGUCGUGAUAAUGUGAUUGUGGAAUCAGCUUUAGUUGACGUCUAUGGAAAAUCGGGGUGCAUAGAUUCUGCUACUCGUGUGUACUCUAGGAUGUCAGUGAGGAACAUGAUAACGUGGAAUGCGAUGCUAUCUGCGCUGGCUCAGAAUGGAAGAGGUGAAGAAGCUAUCACUUUCUUCAAUGAUAUGGUUCAAAAGGGGAUGAAGCCUGACUACAUCAGUUUUAUUGCAGUCCUCACUGCAUGUAGUCAUACGGGUUUGGUUGACGAAGGACGAAAUUACUUUGAAUUGAUGGUUGAGUGUUAUGGAAUUAAACCAGGUACUGAGCAUUACAGUUGCAUGAUUGACCUUCUAGGCCGUGCAGGUUUGUUUGAAGAAGCAGAGAAUUUGUUGGAGAGAGCAGAGUGUAGAGAUGAUGCGUCUUUGUGGGGAGUUCUUCUUGGACCAUGUGCUGCGAGUGCAGAUGCCUCUGCUAUUGCAGAGCGGGUUGCAAAGAGAAUGAUGGAGUUGGAACCAAAGUACCACAUGAGUUAUGUGCUUCUAAGUAACAUGUACAAGUCGUUAGGUCGCCAUGGUGAUGCACUCAAGAUCCGUAGGUUAAUGGUGCGAAGAGGAGUAGCAAAGACUAUUGGACAGAGCUGGAUAGAUGCUCAUUAGAAAGCUAUAAAGGUUCUUAUCUCUCUAGGAAUCUUGCUUUAGCAUUCAUGAAAAGAAAAUGCAACUUUAAACCACACAAUUUUGCCUUUACUCGAUUUAGCCUUUACAAAGUAAUUUAAACAACACAUUUUUCCAGCCUAGACUUUGCAGAGAAAAAGGAUUUUUUGUAAAAUGUUGUGUGGAGAAUUCAAGAGUUGACCUCAAGCCACCAUUAAUACAUUUUCCAGUGAUGAGCAUUGUCUUCAUAGUGCACGCAUCAAGGUCGAUUUUGUAGCUUCGCGCUUCAUCUCUGCAUCUUUGCCACUCCAUCGGAAGUAUGCAUAUACUUGCUGAAAAUUGAGUAAUGCAUUUCAUGGGUUAGAAAAACAGACAGAUUGAAGUGAUUUACAGUGUUGAUAAUUAUAGAGUAAAAAAAGUUCAUAAACCUGAAUAACCCAGAUAUUGAGAAGUGUUUCAAUGCAGAAGAACCCCAUACCAAUGAAAUACAUUAUCAGUGAGUGUAAGGAAAAGAAGGAAUUUUGGUAAGACUGUCACAAGCCGAAGUUAAGUAUUUGUGUAUGGGUAGUUAAGGUACUAACCCCGAUACAUGGAAUAAGAUGGAGUUCAUCAAAGAUUCAAAAGGUUUCAUCAACAGAGGAAUCAUUAAAUAAGGUCGAAUGCCUUUAUAAGAUGGAAAUAGAUUGUCAACAAACUAAAGUUUAAGGAGUUCGAGUUCCUUUGGAAGAAAACAAUGACAUUCAAAUGGGAAGGAAACGACAUUCAUAUGUUUGCCAAAUUUUAGAAAAAAAACUGAAAAGCCUUACUACAUGAUGGUAGUGUAAUGUGGGUGGAGAUGCAAGAAUCUUAUCUUCUAAU